ACACAAGCACCAGAAGAGUCAGAGGCCGACCCUGGUCAGGGUCCCCCAACCCCACGGCGAGGAGGGCCUCGAGGUGGACGGCAGGACCAAGGGACGCACCAAAGAGAGUUUGUCUGUGACAUCUGUGGAAAGACUCUCCCUAAGCUGUACUCUCUGAGGAUCCACAUGCUCAACCACACUGGGGUACGGCCCCACUCCUGCAGGGUCUGUGGGAAGACCUUCGCUCAUAAACACAGCCUGAAGAUGCACAGAGCUCUACAUGACGCUGCUAAACAGUUCCACUGCCUGCUCUGUGACAAGUCCUUUGUUAGUAAGAGAAGUCUGGAGGAACACACCAGUAUUCACACAGGUGAAUCUAAGUAUCUCUGUACCCAGUGUGGAAGGUCGUUCCACCGAGCCUCUGGUCUGAGUAAACACAUUAAGAGACACCAGCCCAGACCUGAAGUACGCGGAUUCCCCUGUAGUCAGUAA